AUGUCAAUUGUACACUCGCACCCUUCUUCGACUUCACCCUCUCCCACCACCAGGAGGAAGAAAAUAAGACGGAAGAGCGCAUAUAGCCCACCCGAGCCAGCCCAUCUCGAGAACAAACUCUCCCUGAUCAAGAUGGAUCGUUCGGCUCCUCUGUCAGAACGCCCGUCGAGCGACAGUAUCGACACAAAGGGCUCCGAGAUUGCAUCAUCUUGGAGAACAUGCAAUCCGCUGCCUUCCUGGCUAGCAAAUACCUUCAUGACGCUCUCUCGAUCGCACCCUCUACGCCUUCUCUUACCCAAAGGAACGGAGCAAGGAACGGAGCAAAUUCCUUCGGACGAAUCAUCUGCUCCAGUUGAGGAUGAUCCUAUGAACAGCGACGGCGACGACUCUCCUUUUGCCUCUGCAGUUUCUAACCAGGUUCUUGAAGGUGACUUCGUUAAUGAUACCAAAAAUCUCCAAAUGGCGCCAUUUGAAUGCGACAUGGAAUACCUAAUUAAUCCGGAAAACGAACACCCUUUUCCCAACUUCUCUCACCCAAUUCCAUUUUCUACGCCGGGUCCAGUUUCUGCUGUCAAUUCUUCUGUAGUUUCCAAUACUUUAUUUUCAAUCCCCUCUCCGCAGACCUGCUCUUCUCCGACGUUUUGUUCAACUGAAUCUCGUUCUGACCCAGAUUUACCUUUUGCUCGCCCAUAUACGCCUGUUUGCAACACCCCUGCCGUCCAACUUCCGAAAUACUCUGGCAGUGCUCGUAACGAUGCAACAUUUAACUUGCCCUUGUCGCCAGCUGAAGCUGCCCAUAAUCGAUACUUCUCGAGGCUCUAUUCAACUCCAGGGCCUGGAUACCGCGCUUCUUCACCUGAGCAUUUCGAUUCGCCUAUUGAAGACCCUCUGACUUCUCAAUUUCUGGUGCCUGGUUUUAAUGCGGACGACGUUGUUGACUUCCAAUGGAGGCCUUUCGAUCGAAACAACAUUGUUGUGCCUUCCAUCGCAAAAGGUGUUGCAUUUGCUCGCAGCCCAUCUAAAGGUCAAAGGAGCACCGACAACCUGUUGCUCACUCUUCACGAUCGUCAUUCAAGUCCUCCCAAGGUCACACGAUCGACUGGCACACCUCCAAAAUCACCAUUUCCCCAACCUUCGCCCAGUCGCCGCUACUCGCCAUGUCCUUUCCGUUUUCUACCGCCUCCGGAGAGCGCUCCAGCUGCUUCCAUUGUCCCUGCCGCUCAGGAACCACUCAGAGCUUUAACUACGCCGAAGAUGCCUCCAUUUGCUCCAGUGCCUGGCAUAUACAUAUCGCCACUGCAGCGACAACAGACGGCCGAACCGUCGCCCAGGGUUCGUUUGACUGUAAACGGCACGUCCAAAAGUCCCUCUCGGGACCCCGUUAACUCGUCCGGAGCAGUCGAGGUCAUGGCGCCGACUCCUCCUCCGGUCCGAUGUGGCGUCGACCACGAAGUCGACCAUCAGCGUCGCACAAUGUCCCAGUCUUCAAAUGACAGUAUUGAGUCAUGGGAUGACAAGGAAGGUGUUUAA